AGGACAUGAAAUAUGGCGGAUGUUUUGUUUGUGUGCACUCGGGAUGUAUUGCCGCUAAAAUAGCAAUGUUUACACGUUUAUAUUUAACGUGGUGCGAGUGAAUGCGAAAGGUGUACAACAAUAGAAAAUGAACGCUACAAGUUUAUAUGUGUCAACCUGCAGAUUAGUUUUGCAAGCUGAUGCUGAAGAUGCUAAUUCAUGGACAGAUUUGUAUAGGCUAGUUCCUUACCUAAGGCAAAGUUUAAGCUGUACGGUAUGCUCAAAUUUAUUAAUCGAACCGCACACACCCACCGAAACAAACUGUCAGCACCAUGUGUGCAAGAGCUGUAAGGGUGGUCGUAAGAAAUUAAAACCAUCGUGCAGUUGGUGCAAGGACUACGACAAGUACGUGGAGAACGUUCAACUCCGAAUACUGUUACAGUGUUACAAGAAACUAUGCGAAUAUCUGUCGAGCACCAAUAUAUACCGCAACUUAAUUAUAUCCAUAUCGUCUAACAAUUCUAACAACGGAGCGUCUACAAUGGGAGCGUCUAGUCUUAUGGAAUUAAUUCAAGAAGGCGCAGGAUUCAAAGAUGAAUUCAAGAGCAAUGCAGGACUCUCUAAAUCGGCUUACAGUAUACUGCCCUGUAUUUAUACAAGUACAACGUCGACUCAGACUCAAGGGAAUUCAAUACAAACUACGGAGAGUAUAUCCCCAGUUAUACCUGAGUCCCCAGCGAUACGAACCGUCUCUAAUGGCUCCUCAAUUUAUUCAGUAAUGUAUGCCGGCUCGGGUAAUAAAAUAACAAUUAAAAGAAAGGCUGCGGCUGCGGAUGAGGUCGAACUGGGCCAGCAAGAAGUUGAUGGUACAUCGCAGAGCUCCAUCGGGGCUGUUAAAUGCAUUCCAAGCUCUCACCUUACCUAUGGAACUUCGUCUCAGAAAAAGUCAUCGAAGAUCAGCAAAUCGGCAGGUAAUUUUAAAAAACCAAGAUCGAGUUCAACACGGAGUAAAAGAAAAGGAUGCAGAUGCGGCAAUGCAACCGCAAUACCUGGGAAAUUAACGUGUUGCGGACAGAGAUGUCCAUGUUAUGUUGAAAGCAAACCGUGUGUCGAGUGCAGGUGUAGAGGUUGUCGAAAUCCUCACACAGCCGACGGGUUAAAGAUUCGUCCUCAUAUACCAGAGCUGCAUAAUCUUCAAUUGCAGUUAUCAACGCCUGUAGAUUGUGAUUCUUUAUCCUCAGAUCCAUUGAGUUCGGUUCAGCAGUGUCUCUCUACUUCUCCAACGACUAUUCAAGUAUUGAAUGUUUAUUCUACGCCUAGACUAGAUAUAGAUAAUGUACCUCAAAAUUUACCAGCUGCACUCCUAGUUGGAGAAGAUGCGAUGGUCAGUACAGAAAGCGAAGCUGAUGAUAGCGACGUACAAAUCGAUGUGUGACGAUACAUGUGAAGACGCAUUGGUGGCGUCGUGUUAGUCGCUUUUGUAAAAAGUCUAUUAUUACGUUUUGGUAAAUAUGACAAAAUGAGUAGGGAUUUUAAUUUGAAGAAAAAAAAUAACAGAAACUAAUAAAAGGAUCAAAAAAUUUUUUCAAUAACUCGUCCAUUUUGCUUCAUGUAGGAUUGUAAGUCACCGUUUAUAAGUCAUCUAUCGUCAUACUGUGAAUAAAUUUAUCUUCGUGACUGUCAUGUUUCAAAUGAAAGUCUUUGCAGAAAAAAGCUUGCUUUUUCAUACAUUCCUCUCUACGAUCAAUGAAUACAAGAAAUUUUACAGCACGAGAUUUUCAUUUUUAAGGAAUAAAUGUUAUGGAUUACUCAACUUUUUUGAUAAUCAUUGACUUCUAAAUCAAACAAGCACUGAAGCAAAACGGACAAAGUAUCUUUCCAACUUUUAUAUUAAAAAAAAAAAACUAUUACUAAUAUUUGGCAAUGAAGUUUCGCAAUUAUGUAAACAAAUAAGUCAUCUCAUCAAAAAUAGAAUACACUAUGUUCUAUUAAAUUAAUUCAUUAUACUUAAUAUGAGUAUGCUGUUGAAAAUGGGAGGUAAAAAUAUUUUGAGCACACUGUAGUGAAACUGUCGAAGCGUUUAGUUCUACGAUCUUUCAGUAAUUCUGGAACAUCGACGAAAGUGUUUCAACAACAUUGAAUAUAAAGUGCAAUCCUCUAAUUUUUAUAGCGCAAUCAAGAGUCUCCAGCAUUACUUUCAUCAAAGCUUUUAGAAAAAUCAGUAUGAAAAAGUGAAAGUGUAUAUUAUACGUUAUUAUAAACUAUUAUUACAUCCGAAAUAAUGAUAUUAGCGAAAUAUGUAAAAUUAGAAAUGACGACAUGAAAAUCAGGUAUAGCUGAUUAGAGGAAAAUAAUAGUGUACAUAUAUAUAAGGAUGAACUUUAGCUGUCAUAGCCAAUUAGCUUCAUAACUCAUCGAUAAUUUUUAUUGAAAUUUAGCCUCGGGAUUAACUUUCAAUGAAAGAAGUACAAUGAAACUGGAGUUGAGGAUUUGUUAAGAGGAGAAACAUGAUGGUUGGCUCGGGAAUAUUAUUUAGUAAAUCAAUUUUUCUACAUGGUCCAAAAUAAUCAUCUACUAUACCUAAUGUUUAGGUAUCUUAGUUAUACAUACCUGUUGUAAAUAAAAAAUAAUGAAAAUAUUUAGAUUUAUCAUUGUAUAAAACGCUACUUUAUAUCAAAGACUUGUAGAUUAUAUUUUUAGGGUAAAAUUUGUUGAGAUCUUAGCAAUGGAUGAAUGCCCGCGGUUUUUAAAAAGUGCUGUCUUGUCUAAUUGAGUUGAUGAAAAUUCAACAGAACAUAAAAAUAAGAUUAUCUCUUUCAAGAAUUAGUACAAAAUCACUAACAAUUGGUGUUUUUAGUAAUUGUAGAGUAUGUUAUUAUGAAAUGUUUUGAGAGAACACAACUUUUGUUUGAAUUAGAAACAUCACAAUGAUAAAUUUUUACAAGCUUCUAAACUGCAAUGUGACAUCCUGAAAAUAGAAUUACAUCCAGGCGUCAAGUUGAAAAUACGGUUGCAAUUAAUUGACGGGACAGUAAAUACAAUUAGGAAACAAUUCUUUAAUUACAUCUCUAUUUACAAGAUCUGCAAUCUAAAGGAUUAAUUUUUUUCUAUGAUGAAAAUAUAGCGUUGUUGUAUGUUUGUAAGAAUAGUCCUCCGGAAGACAACAGCAAGAAGAUACCAUCUAUAAGAAUAUAGUCCACUAUAAAACGAAAGAUAUUGGCACCGAAUAUAAAAUUAAUAAUGAUUAUAAAAAGAAAUUAAAAGUUCAGAAAAUUCCAAUUCUGUUUUUCUUCUUAUAGAUAUGUUCGUUUAUAGGACAAAUUAGUACACACUUAGCAAGUUCAGAGGUCCAGCUUUUUACAUUAUAAUCAAUGUUCAAAGCUAACGACAUAUUUCGAUCACUCUAAUUAACUAAGCCAAAUUAAUGUGGAAUUUGUGUCAUAUCGUGCCUUGUAUAGUGGGCUAAGGAAAAUUGUUAACUUGUGUCCCUUAUGUUAAGAAAGUUGAUUAAUUUUUAAAGCCGGUCUGUGGUAGUAGCAAGUAGCAUGCUUCACACCAAUUUGUUAACAAGACGUGGACACCUUGCACUUUUAAUCAACUCCAAGUGAUUCAAAAAUCACCUAAACGUGUAGGAUGAAAUAUCCAAUUUACGGUGCAGUAAAAUAUUAUAAGUGGCAUUAACGCAGUUGCAAAGGGUAAUCUAUUACUACAAUUCUGUGCAACAUGUCUUGUUAGCUAAUAAGAUUAUUAAGAAAAAUAUAUAUACAUAUAUAUAUAUAUAUAUAUAUAUAUAUGUAUGUAUGUAUACAUUAGAGUUCCCCUUAACAAAACUUAUUUUUCAUUCGCCCCCUAAUUUGUUUCCAAAUGAAUGGAAAAAUAUUAUGAGCCCAACCGGAGUCCUCUAUUCCACGGAUAAGGGGUGCCUGUUCGCAUGACCUUUGCCCAUUACAACGCCAUGGAAAUUUGACAUAUUCUAGUUUCAAUUUCUUUUUCGCAUCCCAGAGACAUUCAAAAAAAUCUGUCAUCACAAUCUACUCUAUAUUAGUAAUAGACAUAGAAAAAAUUUGGAGUGGCUCUCAUGUAAUAUUUUGUAUGAUUCUAAAGGCGUGUAUAAAAUCAAAAAAACAAUUUGGUCAAAAUCAAGAUUUUUCUUAACUGGGGCAGAAUUUUUAUUAUAUCCUUAACGUUUUCAACCGAUACGACUUUUUUUUCCUAAAUUCCUAUACUACUUGAGUCUCGUAAUAAAAAUUUUUCCCCAGUUCAGAAAAAACCUUGUUUUUAACCAAAUUUUUUUUCGAUUUUACACAUGCGUGUCAAAUCAUGAAAUACUGCACGAGGAGCCACUCAAAAAUUUUUCCCAUGUUUGUUACUAACACAGAAUAGAUUGUGAUUGCCAAAUUUUUUUGAAUGUCUCUGCAAUUAAAAAAAAAAAUUCGAAACCAGAAUAUGCUGAAAUUCAAUGUUAUUCCAAUGGGCAAAGGUUCAUGGUUACAGGCAUUCCUUCCCCUUGGAAUAGAGGGCUUCAGUUGGGCUCACAAUUUUUUUAUAUUUAUUUGGAACCAAAUUCAGGGGCGAAUGGGAAAAAAGUUGUGUUACGGGGCAGUCUAAUAUAUAUAAAUUUAUCUUAGUAAGAAAAAAAAUAAGAUAUUCAAGAAAAUUCAUAAAAUAAAUAGAAUAAUUUGUAAAAGUUAUUUGUAACAUGACAUUUGUAUAAUCUGUCUUCAAAGAAUGCACGAUCACGUUAUGUCAUAAUACAGAAAAAUAACAAAAUAAAACUAUUUUACGUAGAAAAUGUGUUUCUUUACAAUAUAUCGUGUACUAACCGUUUCCUUAUCCGUAUUAUUAAAAAGUUACGUUACGUAAUGCUAUGUAAAACAUAAAACCGAUGUAAAUUAGUGUUAGAUACGUUAUUUUUGAAAGCAACACACACCGUAUGAACGAGCAGUAGAAUAAUAACAUUGAUAAAGAAAAAUGGUUUUGCAUUUAUUAGUUUUAUUAUCGAUAUUUCAAUUUAUCAGUCAUUUGCAGCAAUAAGAACAAAUAUUCGCUCAGCUCAUCACAAGAUGUAGAUAAGCUAAUGCUAAUUUAAAAUUGCAGACAAGAGAUUGUGAAGAUAGUGGAACGGGUUGUAACAGAUUCGUAAUCAACUGUAUCGCAUAAAAUAAACAAUUCAGUAAUAUAAACUUCAUAAUGAGCUCUAUUGUUUUAAUAACAUGCA